AUGACAGACACAGCGCGUCAAAAGAAGACUGUCUUCGUUGGCGGACUCGACAGUCAAGUCAGUGAGCAGACUCUUCACGACGCUUUCAUACCUUUUGGCGAGAUCGUGGAUGUCUCACUACCGAAGCCAGAACUAGCUUCCAACAAAGAUCCUCAUCGUGGCUUUGGCUACGUCGAAUUUUCGCUGGCAGAAGACGCCCGAGAAGCCAUCGACAACAUGGAUCAAUCAGAACUCUACGGUCGUGUAAUCAAAGUCAACCAAGCCAAACCUCAGAAAAAUCCAGAUGAAGGACUAGGUAGCCGGACCGCGGUUUGGCAACAGGAAGGGUAUGCUGCGAAGUACAACGUCGAUGAGGAGGCCGAUGCCAAUGGUGAUGAACAGAAUGGCAACCCUCAAGAUCCCAUGCAAGGAUUGGAGGGUCUUGCGGAAGCAGGACCGAGAAUGCAGUGA